UCUUUCUGGCACCUUUCCUUCUGAAUAUUUUGCUUACAUGUUCCUGGCUCUCAAAGCACCUUGUUUUGUCAUUGAACUGUAGCUAUAUUCUGCCAUUUCUAUUCUCCAGUCUUGAUCUUGGAUCUCAGUUUCUUGAAUCCAAAACCCAUUAAUAUUCUCCAUCUUGGUACAAUUCUUCUGUGCUGGGCUGGCGUUUUGAGGCUGUUUCAAGCAUCAAGUCACAAUCCUUUUUUUUGGGUUUCUAGUGGGGUUUUUUAAAUUCAAGUCUUGAUGAUAAAUAUUUUGUUCUUGAUGUUUGAGAUUCAUGUCUCCAAUUCUCAGUGAAAUCUUCAUUACUGGGUGCAUGAUAAAUUCUACCUUCAGGCGCAGGACCCAUUUAGUUCAAUCAUUCUCAGUUGUUUUCCUUUACUGGUUGUAUUACGUUUCAUGAUUUUUGCUCAAAACCUGAUCUAAUAUAAUAUACAUAAAUAUAAAGCUAGUAAUAUUACUACUACUAUUAUCUGCAUUACUUUUGAGUUUGUUGCUAUUUGGGUCUUGCCAUAACUCUCUGUUUGUUGCCGUUGUUGUUUACAAGUUGCAAACCUGUUUUGUGGGUCUCUCAUGGCUUCCUCUAGUGGAACAUCUUCAGGAUCAUCUUUGAUUCAAAACUCAGGUUCGGAGGAGGAUUUGCAGGCAUUGAUGGAUCAGAGGAAGAGAAAGAGAA